UUUGCAGUGUUUUAAAGACUGAAAUCAAGUAUCACUGAAAGAAGAGAUUUGUUGUCAGUUUUGAAACAAGUCUGUUUGGUUCAUACUGAUUCUCCAAGAGUAGUAAUUGAGAAGUAUGAUUCUACAAUGGGUUCUGCAGGAAAAACAUGAGAGCAUGUUGGCUCUCCGUUGUAUCUCAGGGAAAUGUCUCUUUUGGCAGCUUGGUACAGCGGCAAGUUUUUCCCUUGAGAAUUUUUCCUUUUGAAGCCUUUGCUAUAUGGUGUAUUACAACAAAAUAAGGUACUCUGUGUACUCAAAUGACUGUUAUGUAAGUUCAAAUGGCUAUGCUUUAAUGAAGAGAAUUGGAAAGCAUUCUCAUGUAGCAUUAGAAAUCUGUUGUUUGAUUGUGAAACAAGAACAAGAAAUUCAUGUGAUUGAAAACAAAUGGCUUGUUUUCUUCAGGCAGAGCAACCUACGAGAAUGGAACUGAUUCUAUUUGUUCCAUUUCUCUUCUUCUAGUGUUUAGCACAAUGCUGGGUGUUCUAGAGGUGGUUUUUUUUUUCUUUUUUUCCCUAACCCCAGUGUUAACACUUCAUAGUAAUUAAAGAUUGGUUACUAAUUUAUGAACCUAAGAUUGCUGCUUCAAGUCAGAAUGGUUUAUGAACAGUUUGAAAUUCUCUGUACUCCUUACAGAUUCAUGCGUACUUGAAAUCUCCCACAUCUAUGUGUGGCAGUUGUGUGUGAAAGUUCCUUGCUACUGGAGGUGAAAGCGAAAUGCAAACUUGUCCUGAUUAACUAUCAGAAUUAAAUCUUUAAUGAAUGUUCUUGUGACUUGUGAAUCAAAACUGCAUGGAGGAACAGAAGUUGAAGUGGAAUGGAGUGCUCACCUCAACGUUGUAGUUCUGCAACCUGAUCCCUUUUCAGAACAUAUUGCUGCUUUCUCCUGGCUCUUUAAAGAGUCCAGCUUGUUUGUAUUUAAGCCAAAUGAGCCACGGCCAAUCUGUAUCCAGAGAAAAAUUUCUAAGGAAAGGAUCCAGUUUGCUGCCUUUGUUCCAAGAGAUGCACCUGAAUCAAUUGGCUCAGAUAAAUACCUUUGGCUAAGAAGAUCCCAUCUAAAUUCAGAUUCUAGAGAGUUCUAUUAGCUCUGUGAGGAAUUUAUUGGAAAGGAUGCCUGGGAGAGAAUGGGUACAAAGGGCUGUGUCAAAUAGCUCAGCUGAGUUAAACCUGAGCAUGAGACUCUGUCACUUGGGUUGACUCUAAAUUCUACUUGAGUUUUGGUAACAGAAAAUGAGGUGGGACUUACAUCUGUGUUACUAAGUUCUAGUUAAAACUUUGUCCUUUCUCAAUUACAAGAUG